UUUUGACAGUUGUUGUUUUGUAAGUUGUGCACUUGUUGGUCCCACUUAAAAUGAACAACAACUUCAAGGCCCUGGGUUGUUUUCCCCUGAUCUAUAUAACAACUUAACAACAAAAACAAGUGCAUGGCAAACCUCUGCGGCAAGACAGCAUAUGACAUGGAUUGAUUUUAACAGUUGAUUGGUUGACUUGCUUUGUGAUUGUAUUUCAGCCCAAUUUACACACGCAUGGACUGACACGGACACAUUCCUCUUCGUCUUUGCCUGACUUUGCUGAGGGCAGCGUUGCUCAGCUCCGAGGCUCGUCUCCUGUGGCGCCCGUUGGAGACUUCUACAUCGACCCAAAGGCGGUCCCUUCUGUUCGCCCCCUCCGCUCUCAGUCCUUCCAGACCACCUCAAGUUCUUCCCAGACCUUCCACCCGCCUGCUUCCCAUUACUCCCAGUAUUCCCACCCCGACAUCGUGCCCCCUGUAAUGCCCCUCAAUCAGCUGCCUCCCCUGCCCCAACAGUACCCCAAACCCCCCUAUGUCCCCAACACCCACUUCCCCUUCCCUUAUCCUGUCAGCCAGACCUCCUCCAAGCCCCCCAGCACCCCCCUCACCCCUGAGACCUUCCACCGGGUCCUAAGCAACUCCAACCUCUCCUCCCCUUCCCCCUCCCCCUCAUCCUCCCAGGCCAAGCCGGCCACCCCAGGGCAGCAGCAGCAGCAGGGGGGUGAAAAGUUACCUCUGAGAUGUGAGGUAGUGGGCAGUACCCCCCUGCCCACCCCUCCUGCCCAGCAACAGCAGAACCCAGGCAUGUGGCCCCCUAACAGCCACAACCAGCCCCUCUUCUCCCUGGCCAACGUGUUGUCCCUGGCCAUGAGCGUUGCCCAGUCCUUCAUGCCCCCCACCUCCAUGCCCAGUGGUCUGAACCCAGGCCAGUCUGGCUCUUACCACCCCUCCAUGUUUGGCCCUCCCCAGCUGAUGCCAGGGGAGGACCUGUACCAACCCCAGGGCCAGAUAACAGCAGGCCAGUAUCUGGACAUGUACCAGCAGUACCAAGACGCCCAGGCUCUGCACCAACAGGGCCUGUUGAAGGCCAACGUAGCCCCAGGGUCACCCCAGCCUGGAGGACUAGUGGAUGGGACUGCGUUCAGGCAAGCCGGCUCCAGCCUCUCUCCUCCAGGAUCCAGCGCGAGUCCACAGAUGUAUUGCCAGCUGGGGCCCAGGGUGGGGUUCCAGGAGCAGACAGACAGCUCAGCCUCCACCUCUAUCACCAGCUCCCCCUCCUCCUCAGCUCCAGCCAGCCCACAGAGCACCGUGUCUUCACCCAGUCUAAGAACCUCUUCACCCCUGGUGGUGUCAGAGUCGGGAGCAAACGCUGCCAAAAACAGACUGUCACCUAUCUCUGAGGAGAAAAAGCCUACAGUUACAGUCGGCCGUUUCCAGGUCACACCCAGCAGAGAGAUCCCUGCAGCCUCCGCUAGCCCCGCCCAGGAUCCUCCCCAAACCCACCCAAAACACCAAACCCCACCCACAGUCACCGUUAGCACCAGCCCUUCCUCCCGGGACAGUGAAUCUGAGACCAGCACCGAGGAGCAGGGGGACGAAUCAGAAAACAGUAUUAGCACUGUAACCGUGUCCCCUCCCCAGCGAUCCCCCGGCGGGCCCCUGUGUAACCUAGACAUCGCCCACUCCGUCCCUGGAGGCCCUAAGCAGACAGAGCAGGAGGACCAGCAGGAGAGCGAGGAGGAGCCAGAGAAGGAGCAAAAGGAGGGAGAGGAGGAGGAGCUGAGGAGAAGGGGGGGCCGGAGGCUGAGCCUGAGCCUGUGGGAGGGUACGGCAGGGAGCCCCCAGUUCAGCGGGAGCAACCUGAACCAGCCCUGGAUGAGCUACACACGCAGCGCCUCGUAUGUCAGCAGUGACGAGACCGAGAGCGAGGACGAGGAUAUGUGCAAGGAGCUACAGGAACUCAGGGACAGGCACCUGUCAGAGGUGCAGGCCCUCCAGCUCACUCAGAAGAGGGAGAUCGAGGCGCUGUAUGAGCGGAUGGGGAAGGUGCCUCCCCCUGGCAUUGUGUCCCCCGCCGCCAUGCUCAACACCCGCCAGAGGCGCCUCUCCAAGAGCGGCAACUACCCCGGCUCGCGUAGGAACAGCCUGCAGAGACUGGACAUACUGCCCCCUGCAGGGAUCAUGCGUAAAAACUCAGUCAGUGGCAGCAGCAGUGGCUCUCAGGAGAGGUCCAGUAAAGGGGUGACCUUUGCCCCCGACUACAACCGGAUGUGAGACGUGUCUCCCUGUGUGAGCCGGAGGACUGGGAGUUGGGGCAGGUGAUACUGUGGCCGGCCGCCUCCCCUCCCAACCACCAACCAGGAAGAGAGGGAGCCCACUGAUGACCAAUAAGUUGCCCAGCCCAGUGCUGAACAGAUAGCUCCCAGGUUGAGCCUUGGGAUGGGGAAACCGGAUGACCAGAAUACAUGGGCCUUUUCUCAAUUGGUUUGCUCAACUCCUGCGUCCUCUUUCCUCUGUCCUCUCUCGCCUCAUUUUGAAAAAGGUAAUUGAGGAGAGGUAGCAAGGAGAGUGAACGUGGACGAAAAUGUGCUUGUAUGAAAUGAGACUUCUUCUCCACUCAGGCAAAUUACGUUUACAAAAUAAAUGUGUAAAGUGAUCAAAACAAAUGAAGUUAGAAUUCUUCCGCGAAGGACUCGGGGAGGAUACACAUGACUAUCCUCCAUGAAAGGUGGCUAACGAGGAGGGAAGGACACUCUUCCGUUCGCCUCGACCAUUUAUCCGUUUCUGGGUCACGGAGAAGAGAGGACGAAGGAGAGUGGGUGGAGGACGGACUUUUUGCCAAAUGAGAAAAGGCCAUGGUCCAGCCACACGAUGGGCCGCACUAAACACUCCUCCAAAUGACAAUGGAUAAGGAUCCCAUUGUCAGAGCACCAAAGCACCCCAUCUGCCAUCUAGUCCAUGUGCAGUACCAUGAGUUAGUAUUGUGACACCAAGCCAAGGAUGUCCCCCUCCCCAUCUUAAGGAUGCUAAGCUUAUAUAGCUGUGUGUAGCAUCAGGUCAAAUGGAAAGUGAGGAUAGGAAGGCUAAAGAUGUGUGUUUCUGCGUGUGCUCUUAUGCGUUUGCUGCCUGUGCUAGCCCUGGAAAACACACAUCCCAGAAGCCCUGCUCUCUCCUGAACUUAGUCAUCCAACUGCUGCAAGCAGCAACUCCUCUUAAUACAAUAUGACCCUAUUCAAUCUGAAGUGCUGAAGAUCAGCUUUAUGUUGCGAUUGACAACUAAAGAUCGCGGAGACUGCAUUCACGGUAAACGCUGCAUAUGUCGGCUCAAUCAGAAAAUACCUUAACAUUUUUACGGGGAUCUUCCGCGAUACUUUGGUGAUAUGGAUUGAAUCCAGCCCUAGCUAAACUGUGUUUUACUGUCCAAAUGUUAUGAAUCAGGAGAUAAGAUAGCUUUAGCAGGAUGAGAUGUAAUCAUUGCCUUCAAAACAGUGUAUUUGUAGGGUUUGGGAUGAUCAAAUAUGCAUCUAUCUAAUGUAUUGACCGGCAAGUCAGGGAAGCAGUUUUCCAUUUUGCAGCUCAGCUUACUUGGUGUGCCAGGCGAACUAAAUCAAGUACACUUAAAUAAGAGUAAAUCCAAGCUGCCUGCAAGUAUCAGAAAAAAAUCAGUGCUGUGUUUGGUGCAAACAAAUGUUCAUGAAGCAACACAAAUCACACAAAUUGUGCAUGAAAAACUAAAUGUCACUUUAUUGAAUCUACACUGAACAAAAAUAUAAAUGCAACAUGUAAAGUGUUGGUCCCAUGUUUCAUGAGCUGAAAUAAAAGAU